AUGGCGGCGAGUAUCGCUACGCCAGGGGGGUCGGCGAGAUCCUCUGGAUACUGGAUCUGGAAGGCGGCGAACGUGCAACUCCUCAUCGAGCAGCACCAGCACCACCCUCGUACCACGGGGUGCUGCGUGCUGGUGGACGUCUCCCUGCUGUUGAUCGCGGAGCCCGAGGAUGAGGCAGCGCUGGCGGCGAGAGAGGAUGUGGAGUUGGCAGCGGCGCUCGAGGAGAGCGCGAGGCUGGAGGUCGGGGCGACGCGUGCGGCGGGGGAUCAGGCGCGAGUCGCCGAGGGCGCUUCGUCACCGGCGGCGGAGGCGCCGCUUGAGGGAGAGGAGGAGCCGCCGGACGACUUCAUCUGCCCAAUCACGACCGAGGUCAUGAGCGACCCGGUGAUGGCGGCCGACGGGCAUGCUUACGAGCGGUCGGCGAUCGAGCGCUGGCUCGCGACCAAGUCGACGAGCCCUCUGACGGGCGGCGCGCUCGAGCACAGCAUCCUGGUCCCCAACCACAUGCUGCGCCGUCAGAUCCGGGACUGGGAGGGGGCGCGCAAGGCAGUUUGA